AUCCACUAGAUGUUUCUUUCUUCCCCAUUUUGGGUCUUGAACCAAACCUUGAAAAAAACAGCAAGUUUCCCUUGUUUGUUUUCCCUCUUCUCCCAUUUUAUUUUGCACCAAAACCCCCAACAUCGUAAGAAUGGGGAAGAAAGAAUUGUUGAAUUGUUGAAGACUUCAAUUUCAACUUCAACUUCACUAAUUCACGAUUAUUGCAACAAUGGAGGAUUCUCACUCUUCACUGUUCAACCUAAGAAUUUUAGACACACUCACCGAUGACCAACUGCACGAAAUCCUCGACAGCUACGACGCCUUCUGCAACACCACACAAUCUCUUCUCGGCGGUGCCGGCGACCUCUCAUACGGUGCUCAAUUUGUUUCUCACGUUCACACUCUCUGCAAACAUGGCCUUCAAUCACUCGUUCUCGACCACUUUCUUAAAGUCUUGGAGGAAACUUUUGAACGAAAUGGGGCAUCCAGGUUUUGGCGGCAUUUUGAUCCUUACGCUGAUUUUGUUGGUUUGAACAAAAAUGAUGAUAUCAAUAUUGAUGAGGAUGAGAUUGAGAGUGUUUUGUAUAAUGCUUUGGAAGAAAUCUCUAUAGAAAAACAGUAUCAGGAGAAGUGUUUGUUAAUUUUGGUCCAUGCUUUACAAUCUUUCAAGGAUCAAAUGUCAGAGGAAAGACAUAAUUUUGAAGCAGAAAGGAAUUAUCUUACCUCUAAGUAUCAAUGGAUUGUCUCUUCUGUGCUUAUGACUACACUUCCUCGGGUUUUCCCUGUUAUAUUACAUUGGUAUUUCAAAAGAAGGCUGGAGGAGUUAAGUACAAUGGUAGAUGUAGAGUUCACCGAUGAUGUAUCUCCAAAUAAGGAUGGCAUGGAUUUAGAUGAAAAAGGAAAAGUAUGCAACAAAGAUGGUGAGAUGGAUGUUGAUGAGUGCUAUAGUGACCGCCGGUUUUCAGAAAACAGUAGACUGGUGAAGAACAUUGGAAAAGUUGUUCUUGAUCUCAGAAGUCUUGGAUUUACUUCUAUGGCUGAUGAUGCUUAUGCUUCUGCUAUAUUUUUACUACUAAAGGCAAAAGUUUAUAAUGUAGCUGGUGAUGAUUUUAGGAGUUCUGUCUUACAAUCUAUUCAAAGCUGGAUACAGGCUGUUCCUCUCCAGUUUCUCCAUGCCCUUCUUGUCUAUCUUGGUGACUCUGUUAGUUAUGAAAGCACUUCAUCAGGUUUCAAAUCACCUUUAGCGCCACAACCAUCAUCAUUUUGUCCUGGAAUUGAUACUCCCUCUGAAGGUCUUGUCAGAUGGAAGUUGCGGCUGGAAUAUUUUGCUUAUGAAACACUACAAGAUUUAAGAAUAGCCAAAUUAUUUGAGAUAAUUGUUGAUUAUCCUGAGAGCUCUCCUGCAAUUGAAGACUUAAAACUUUGUCUUGAAUACACCGGACAACAUUCAAAGCUGGUGGAGUCAUUUAUUUCUGCAUUGCGUUAUCGCCUCCUUACUGCAGGCGCAUCAACCAAUGAUAUAUUACACCAAUAUGUUUCGACUAUUAAAGCCCUAAGGACAAUAGAUCCUGCAGGCGUUUUCCUUGAGGCAGUUGGUGAACCAAUAAGAGAUUAUUUAAAAGGAAGAAGAGAUACAAUAAAAUGCAUAGUGACCAUGCUGACAGAUGGGACGGGUGGAAAUUCAAGUGCAUCUGGAAAUCCUGGAGAUAGCCUUCUUGAAGAGUUGAACAGAGAUGAAGAAAUUCAAGAAAAUAUUGGUAUUGAUGAUGAUUUUAACACUGAUGAUAGGCAAGCAUGGCUCAAUGCCACACGGUGGCAACCUGACCCUGUUGAAGCAGAUCCUUUGAAGGGUAGUAGAAAUCAAACGAAGGUUGACAUACUUGGCAUGAUUGUUGGGAUAAUCGGUUCAAAAGAUCAGUUAGUUCAUGAAUAUCGAACUAUGCUUGCCGAGAAACUUCUAAAUAAAUCUGAUUAUGAUAUUGACUCAGAGAUACGUACUCUAGAACUCCUGAAGAUACACUUCGGAGAGAGCAGCCUACAAAAAUGUGAGAUUAUGCUCAAUGAUCUAAUUGGCUCAAAGAGAGUCAACACUAACAUUAAAGCUACCAUAAGUCAGCCAUCCCAGACAAGUGUUGAGGUCGAAGACAAUGCAAUAUCCAUGGAUAAAAUAGCCGCCACUAUCAUAUCUUCUAAUUUCUGGCCUCCAAUACAGGAUGAGCCCCUCAACCUGCCUGAACCUGUUAACCAGCUUCUCUCUGAUUAUUCAAAGAGAUUUGGUGAAAUCAAAACACCUCGUAAGCUUCAGUGGAAAAAAAGUCUUGGGACUGUCAAGCUGGAGUUGCAGUUUGAAGAUAGGGUAGUACAGUUCACAGUUGCCCCUGUUCUUGCAUCUAUCAUUAUGAAGUUUCAAGACCAAACAAGUUGGAGCUCUAAAAACCUUGCGGCUGCUAUUGGGAUACCCGUGGAUGUAUUAAACAGGAGAAUCCAUUUUUGGAUAAGCAAGGGGAUCAUUACAGAGUCGCCAGGGGGAGAUUCCUCUGACCAUGUAUACACCAUUAUGGAAAACAUGGCCGAGACAAGUAAAAAUGGGGGAGGCAGUGGCAAUACUCAGGAACUUCUUGGAGGCGAUGAGGAGGAAGACAGAUCUGUGGCCUCGGUAGAAAAUCAACUUCGAAAGGAGAUGACUGUGUAUGAGAAAUUUAUCUUGGGGAUGCUCACAAACUUUGGUAGCAUGGCAUUAGAUCGCAUGCACAAUAUGCUCAAGAUGUUUUGUAUUGCUGAUCCGCCGUAUGACAAAUCACUCCAACAACUACAGAGCUUUUUAUCUGGUCUAGUGUCCGAGGAGAAGUUAGAACUUCGGGAUGGUGUGUAUUUUCUAAAGAAGUAGCGAGCUUAUGGAACUGAAAUCAUACUUUUUUGGCCACAAGUUUUAAGCAAAAAAAGGUGAAAUAUGUUUUUCAGAACCUGAAUUUCUUAAAAUUGUCAUUUUUGUUUUUUGGCGUAGUCCUUAACUCAUUACACAAACUUCUAUAGAGUAAUUAAGCAUUUUAAUCCUUGGAAUUGAAAGGGUCGGUCAAUUUAGUCAUCAAAUUUAGCAAUUUAGUCUCUUAAAUUAAAUAACAUCAAUUAAUUUAGUCCCUCUAUCAAAAUAUUUUUAGUAAAUAUCCAACAAAACCACUGAAAUUCCUAAAUAUUGACUUGAGUGGUCUCUUGCUGCAUCAAGACAAGCAUAAAACCUUUUAAAUUGUUGUGUUAAAUUUGAAAAUAGGACUAAAUUCUCUGACAUUGUUCAAUUUCUAGAAUAUCAGAGCAUGAUGAAUUGAGAUGUAAUUCUCAUUUUAUUAUUAUGUAAAAAGAGAGCUGCUAUUGAUUUAUAUACAAAGUAUUAAAAUAUUGAAGUACUGUAAUAGUAGAUGUGAAACUAAUAAGGGUUAAAUAUGGGAAUUCUGGAUCGAUAUGAAUGGAGGAUGCCUCUGGAACUUCUUUUUCUUGGUCAGGAGAGGUACGAAGUCACUCGACUUAAAGGAGAGGGAACAACCACAACGGAGCUUUCCCUUCUCUAUGGCUAAUUUCUCACUGGCCGAUCGCCUUUCACCUUGUUCUUUCUAUAAAGAAAUAAAUUUCCCGGUUUUAGUCACUACAAAAUUACGUUCUUUUAUUAAUAAAUAGGUAGUCCCUACAAAACUACGUUCUUUCAAGUUUAGUCCCUAUUAAAUUUUAAUAGUAAUUUUAACUUCCAUAAUAUUGAAGUUUGUAAGAAUAGUCCUUAUUUUGAAAACUUUGUAAAAAAAUGGAUAUUUUUAGUCUCUAAAAUUAUUCCCUAUAAAUUGCCAAGAGGGACUAAAAGUGUACAUUUUUCUAAGGGACUAAAAUUAAAAGCUCGUGAUUUUGGAGGACCGUCUAUUUAUAAACCCAACCAAUAAGUAGGAAAAUACUAAUCGACUUCCUAACUAUAAAUGACAUAAAUAAACUUCAUAAAUUUGAGAAACUAAAACUCCUAUUUACUCAAAUUCUAUCAUUGAAUCAAGGAUUACUAUCCAUGUUAUCAAUGAUUGUUGUUAUCAUCCCUAUAGACUUCAAAGAACAGGUCCUGACAAUUUGCUGAUAAACUUUGAAGGUAGACAACAACUUGAGCUGCCUAUAUUUGUUGCCAUAUACAUCAUGUGUUGUUGAUAUGAGGAAACUGACACAUGGCAUGUGAAAGUAAAAAUGUGAAGCUUUUAUUGAACUGGUUGAGAUUUUGAGAUGCUUCCUCCACAUGUUCCAAUCUAAAGUUGACACAAACUAUAGAGCAGUCCAACGUUCUUCUUUUGCUUUGUUGGAUAUACUUGGUGAAUCUGAAGACAUUAUUGGGUUUCUGUUGUCAUGUGUUUUCUAGUUUGCCAACUGUUAUCAAAGCUGGCUCUUUUAUGAUGUUUUUAAUACAUUUUGAAUGUGCCACCUUUCUGAAUAUGUAGGACUUGUUUAGCCUGAUAGGAAAAGUUAUCCUAUACUACCUCUUAUGUGACAUGUUCAGAUACAUUAAUUAUGCAAUGAAUUUAGGAAGCUGAAAUUCAUGUUAGAAGGGAGUAUUUAUACAGUUCCUCUUCCUCUAUUCCACCUUAGACCAUUAGAGAGAUGAUCAUGAGACUGGAUUUAUGUAAAAUUUCAUUGUUGAACAUUUGAACUACCCCACAUUGUUGUUGGUUGUUACUCUCUGUAACUAUUAACUAGUUCCAAUCACUUAUUUUUU